AUGCAGCACCACCACAAUGAAAUAACAAAAGCGUUUCCAGAAGAUAGCUUCCCAUAUAUAUUCUGGAUGAGCCAAUACAAAGCUGCUACACGAAGUGCCUCGCCUACAGGGAUGCGUUGGAAUCCAGCAAUGAUUAGAUGGUGUGUUUACCUGCAACAAAAAUCUUCGACAGCUUAUGAAUUGCUAAGAAAAUCAAAAUGCUUACACUUACCAUCUCAACGCACGCUCCGUGAAUAUAUUCACCACAAUAAACCAGGAAUUGGUUUUUCGAAUGAGCUUGACGAGCAACUCGUACUGGAUUCCAAGCUACAAUCAUUGGAGAGCCAUCAGAAGUAUGUAGGCAUCAUCGCCGAUGAGAUGUACAUCAAACAGGGGCUUGUGUACGAUAAAACAACUGGUGACUUAGUGGGGUACUGCAGAAUUGGAGAGAUCAACGACCACCUGUUACAGCUAGAAAGAGAGUACACAGAAAGCAAUGGAGAUGCAGCUAAUAAUACACAUACAUUAGCUAAGACAAUGCUUGUUUUAAUGAUAAGAGGCCUCUUCACCAGUCUCACUUUCCCUUAUGCUUCGUUUGCCACAUCAAAUUUAACGGGAGAACAAAUGGUACCAAUAUUCUAUGAGGGAAUAAUGAGAAUAGAGAGAUGUGGCUUUAAAGUAUUGACCAUCACACUCGAUGGCUGCUCUGUGAAUCGAAAAUUCAUGCAAAUUGUAUCUAAUCCUGAUACAACUGUACCUCAUAAAUUUAAGAAUCCGUUGAGCAACAACAGCCGCGAAAUCUUUCUUUUCUCCGACCCUUCUCAUCUCAUUAAAACUGCCCGCAACUGCCUUGCAAAUCAGUCAAGAAACAUGCAGGUAAUAAAAAUUAUACAUACAGCUGUACAUGAAUAAAAAUUAUUAU